AUUAGCGAUUGGACUGUCAUCGCUCUCGAAGUUCGGUUCGAUGGGAAUCACUAGGUCUGGCAGUUUGUCGGCCUCGGGGGAAUUCUCGCGGGGAGGAGGAGGAGGAGGAUCACGGGCGGAUUCGGAUUUGCAUUUCGCGAAUUAGAGGCGGGUCGAGGAGGUUCGAGGCGAUGGAAGGAGGCGCCAGAUGAGGAGGGAGGAAGUGGAGGCGCUGAGAUGGAAGCGGAGAGUCGAGACAGUCGUUUGUCGGUGAUUUUUUCUUCUUUGGGUGCGGUCGGGCUGAAUUAGGAGGAGGAGGAGGAGGAGGAGAGGAUAAUUGUGAAGAUAAAUGGUAGAGAUUGUGAAGUGGGAGGUCUGGUGGAUCAAAUUUAGAGCUAGGUGGAAUUGACAUCUGGAUACAGGGAAGUUCCAGUGAAACGAGGAUGGCUGCGAACGCGGAUGAGGAGCUGCUGGCGCAACUUGGCGUGACUGCCGCGAGACCGGAUGAGUACGAGCGUUUGGUUAUCGAGCAGGCGCAGGAGCUCGCGGGCACAUCAGUCGUCGAGGAAAAUGUGGAUGCUGCUCUGGGUUUUUUGCAGGGGGAGGAGGAUCCCAAAUGUCGAGAAAGGAGAGUUCGGAUUCAGACCAUCCUGUCGCAUCUGGACAAGGAGAUCGCCGCCGUGGAAGACAGUCGCGUCGCUUUCGCCUCUUCGUCCAAUUCGGCCGACGAAGAACCCCAAGAGAAAGCGAACGGCGUCGGAACUAGUAAAGGGAAGAAGGUGCAGAGGAAAAAGAGUGUCAUCGCUGAAGAUGGCGGGGCAGCGAUGCACCUGGCAAUUUUGGAUGAGCGUCUUGCGAGCUUGAAUGCCAAGAGGAAGAAGCUCGGGGGGCAGCUGAAGAUUUUAGAAAAUUCCAACGCCGAUCGACAUGGUAAGAAGAAAAUAAAGCAGGGAGAAGAAUCACAUUCUUCUGCAGCACCUAGCCGGGCCUCGAAAAAGGUUGCAUUAUUAUGUGAUGACGAUGAAUUUGACGCAGCUCUGGACGCCGAGAAUGCUAGAAUUAGAAAUCGCAGAGUUGUGCCUAAACCACCUCGUAAAGCGAAAGCUCUUACUUUCAUCGAAGACGACGACUUCGAUGCUGCUCUGGAUGCAGCCACUGGUUCCGGGUUUGUUGAGAGCGAGCGUGAGAAGCUCAUUCGUGAGGGUGUCAUCACUCCAUUCAGCAGGGUCGAAGGGUUCGAGAAGCGAGUCCACGUGAGGUCCCGAAAUGUCGCACCGGCAGAUGAGGACAAUGAGUUGGUCAGGAGAUCCAUUGCGAACGCAACAGCGUCCAUGGCUGCUCACAUGAAAUCGAGGCCCGCAACCAAGCUCUUGGAUAGCUCGGAAUUGCCCGAGCCUGAGCUUCCAACGCGUGAGUUUCGUCUGCUUCGAACUCCGCUCAGAAGAGUAACUGCUGCUGCUGAUGGGUCCGAGAAGAAACCCAAGGCGAAAUCAAAAUCUGGAGUGAAGAGGAAACGACCCCAGCCGGAUAGUAAGUAUAGGCGCAGACAUGAGGCUUCUUCUAGUGACGAGGAUGACAGUAAUCCCGAAUCGAAUGGGGUGAAGUCAACGAAGAGAUCUCGAAGGACAAGCGAUGGCAAUGCAGGCGAAUUGCUCGAAGAGGAAGGUCUGGAUGAUGAGUUCGAGGAUGACGAGGAGUGUGAUGUAGCUUUAGAUGGAGGUCUGAAAAUUCCGGGUGUUAUUUAUCAUAAGCUAUUUGAUUAUCAGAAAACAGGGGUGAAGUGGAUGUGGGAGCUCCAUUGCCAGAAGUCUGGAGGGAUCAUUGGAGAUGAAAUGGGCCUCGGAAAGACUAUCCAGGUAACGGCGUUUCUUGCAGCUCUGCAUUACAGUGGUCUUUACCGCCCUUCCAUUAUCAUCUGCCCAGUCACUCUUCUACGACAGUGGAAACGAGAGGUCAAAAAGUGGUAUGCUCCCUUCAAAGCAGAAAUUUUGCACGACUCAGCAGUGAAGGGGCAUUUGCAUCAAACUAAGAAGAAGAAUGAGGUUCGAGAGGAAGGAGAAUGUGAUGAGGAAAACGGUAGCGAAGUGGAAGACGAACUAGACGAGGAGGAGGAGGAGGAGAAGAAGAACAGUGAAGAUGACGAGGCCCUGAAAGGAAAGAAGCCUAAGAAUCGUGCCGAGAGGUGGAAUGCCAUGAUCGAUCGUGUUACCAACUCGGAAUCAGGACUUCUGAUAACAACUUAUGAACAACUGAGGAUCAACCGGGAGAGGCUUUUAGACAUAAAUUGGGGUUAUGCCGUGCUUGACGAAGGGCAUCGGAUAAGGAAUCCGGACGCUGAAAUAACCCUUGUUUGCAAACAGCUGCAGACUAUACACAGAAUUAUUAUGACAGGAGCUCCUAUCCAAAAUAGGCUGACGGAGCUCUGGUCUCUCUUCGACUUCGUAUUCCCGGGCAAGUUAGGUGUGCUGCCUGUUUUCCAAGCUCAGUUUUCAUUACCCAUUCAAAUUGGUGGGUAUGCAAAUGCCACACCUCUCCAAGUUUCCACUGCUUACAAAUGUGCUGCAGUGUUGCGAGAGUUGAUUCUACCGUACCUUCUGAGACGGAUGAAGGUUGACGUGAAGGCGAACCUACCCAAGAAGACGGAGCACGUCCUCUUUUGCAAGCUAACUCAGGAGCAGCGUAGUGCCUACCGGGCUUUCUUAGGAAGCUCUGAGGUAGAACAGAUUAUAGAAGGCAGUAGAAACUCACUGUUUGGUAUAGAUAUACUGCGCAAAAUUUGUAAUCAUCCAGAUUUGCUGGAGAGGGAGCAUAGUGCUGGUCAUCCUGAUUAUGGAAACCCCGUACGUUGUGGGAAGAUGAAACUAGUCGGUCCAAUUCUAGGUCUUUGGAAAAAACAAGGACACAGAGUUCUCCUGUUCACUCAGACCCAGCAGAUGCUCGAUAUUAUCGAGAGUUUUGCCGUUGCUCAAGGUUAUGAGUACAGGAGGAUGGAUGGUUGUACUCCAGUGAAGCAGCGAAUGUAUCUCAUCGACGAAUUCAACGAUUCGGAGCAGGUAUUCCUGUUUAUUAUGACCACGAAAGUUGGAGGGCUUGGAACCAACUUAACUGGGGCAAACCGAGUGAUAAUUUUCGAUCCAGACUGGAAUCCUUCCACUGAUAUGCAGGCCAGGGAGCGUGCUUGGCGCAUAGGGCAGAAGAAAGAUGUUACCAUCUAUCGCUUGAUCACUCAAGGUACCAUCGAAGAAAAAGUAUACCACAGGCAGAUCUACAAACAUUUUUUGACCAACAAAAUCUUGAAAGAUCCACAACAACGACGCAUAUUCAAGUCCCGAGACUUGCAAGAUCUCUUCACCUUGCAAGAGGACAAGGUUGGAACUGCUGGCACAGAAACAGCUGCGUUGUUCGGUGACUCGGUGGAAAAUCUGAUGGGUCUUACGGAAGCUGAAGCUAAGAAAGUGAAUGACGAGACUUUGGUCGCUUUGUGUAACCCCAAGGGCAUGAAUGAUGUGGAAGGAAAAGAGGAGGGCAGUGUAUUGGACUCCACAAGUGAUAGAAGCAAGGAUAAUGUUGAAGGAGAGCAGGAAGAAACAGAAGAGGAGGAAUCACGGAUUCUCAAGGAUCUGUUUGAGGCAAAUGGCAUUCAUUCCGCAAUGGAUCAUGAUGCUAUCCUGGGCGUGAGUGAGACAGAGAAGGCGAGGGUUGAUAUCGAAGCAGAUAGAGUUGCCAAGCGUGCUGCAGACGCAAUAAGGCAAUCCAGAAUGAUUCGAGCUAGUGAUGACGUAGCAGUUCCGACCUGGACCGGCAGACAUGGAGAGGCCGGAGCCCCAUCCAAUGUGAGACGGAAGUUCGGUUCCACUACAAACUCCCGAUUGGUGGCCAGAUCAACAGCAGUGACAGUCAGUAGUGCGCAGACUGGUAGCGUACUAAAUGUUCGUACCGAUGUUAGCAGCAAUGCAAGGUUUUCAGCGGGUGUCGCAGCUGGAAGUGGAGUUGGGAGAGCCUUGACCUCCAGUGAUGUACUUAACCGAAUGCGAGAACGCAACAUGGGUGCUAUAGGUGCGGGCAUGGAAAGUGCAGGACCUCGUUCGCAGGUGUCAACCUCUUCUCUGGUGGCGAACAGGUUUGGGAGAGGCUCAGCGCCAAGAGGAGGACUAUCUUUUCAAACCCCACCUUUGGGUAGGGUUUUGACGAGCUCCUCUCUUGCACAGCAGAAUGUUCAACCUUCAAGUGGGAGAGGUUCUGCUUCUCCAAAUGGACCAGGUGUAAAUGCUUCAGCAACUCAGAUCGGCGCUGGACAAGGUUCACCUGUGAGAACGCUUGCAAGUCGAAGCGGUCAGAUUCCUGUUGGUGGGAGCCCUAUCAGGACCAUAGGUAGAAUGACGCCUGGUACUCAAAAUUCCCCUCUCUCAUCCACAGGUGGAAGAGAAGGAGCGAACUCCUCCAACCCAAUUACAGAUUCUACCCAGUUACCACCUGAGAGUGAACAACUCUUGUCUCAGAUUAAAAUAUACUUAGAGCAGAACCAGGGUUCUGUCCCUUCCGCUGUUAUAGCUAAUCACUUCAAGAAUCUUAUACCACCCAAAGAUUUCCCUUUGUUUAGACGUCUUCUGAGGGUAGUAGCCACCUUAGCGCAAGGAGAUGGUGAAUGUUCUAUGUGGACCUUAAAACCAAAACCUACGUAGUCAACAACCUACUAGAUUUUGAUUGCAAGCUCCACAUGGAGAUGUAAAGAUCUAAUUAAAUUCUCUUCACUACGUCAAGCUUUUGUUGGUUUGACAUGUAAGGGAGUCUCUUCUUCUCUUUUGAGAUAUAUGUAGGAAACAGCAUUAAAGUAGUGAAAGGGGAACAUUUUCUCUGUGGACCAUGUGCUUCUACAACGCCGUCUGUUCCUACUGUAUUGCGACUAUUCUAUGAAGGCCGUCUACACCAGAAUCAAAAUAGGCAGCGCAGGUAGUACUUCCUACAACUUGUGUUUCUGAGUGGAAGUGAGGAACGUGGAUAGACGUCAUGUCAGAUGUCUAAACACAUUGAGUUUUCCAAUGUGCGGAGACAACAUGAGCUUUUGAGAUUACAAGUCCCAUGCACAAAAUCUUGAUCUACGUGCAAGGACUGUAUUUAGCUGUUUAAUGCGCGCAAAAAUUCUCGAUGAGAACAGGGUUCAUCAACUCACCAGGAAAACAGUGUCUUAUCAUCAGCGGACCAGCGUUCACUACGAGGCACACUUUUUCGCAUGCUUAAAUGUUGAUUGAAAUUCGACUACAAGUGAUGACGGCUGUUCCUUGAUUUGUUAGAAGGUGGAGGUUUCCAGCAAGUGCUUUUCGUUUGAGCUGAUUAUACUCGGAAGAGAGGUUGAGGGAAAAUCGUGGUCAGUCAGCCAGGGAAGAUAUGUUCAAACCUCAUGUCUGCAGUCCCUUCUGAUAUUCGAAGCCAGCGCUUUUUGUUCGCAUUUUGAUUCACGAUCCAGGAGAGGAAUCAAUGCCUGCACGGACCGAGGAAAUUGCAAGUGAAAGUUUUAGCAGAUGAUGGAGUCACCAUCCUGCGAAAACUUACAAGAGUUUCGAGAAGGGAUGAUGGUUAUUUAAGAGAUUUUCUAAGAUUUGGAGACCAUUUGACAACUCCUGGCACCUUGAAUUUGCAAAUCGGAUAUGGCCGGUUUCUUGUUAGUCGUCCUCAGUUCAGAUGGUCAUCAGCAACUGCACCGUCGGAGAUGGAAGAUAAAGAUGUAAAUCGUGUCGAGUUCGUGCAAUGAAAAGUCAUAUAAACCCAUAAAUUUUUUUCAAGUUGAAGUUGGGAAUGUAGGAGUCCUAUUCAAUGUUACGACCAAUAAAGAUAAGACGAAGUCGAGGAACAAUGACGUUCUUUAGAAGGUUCAGGAUGUUGGAUGUAUGCGAAGUCAAUCAGACGUAAAUGCGAUGGAACAGAUCAAGCGUCUGUCUUUCUGUCCGUCAGGCACCUUAUCCGCUGUUGUCUGCGGUUUGAAACAUCCUUCCCUUUCUCAUUACACCACUUUGAUAGACAAAUUAAUUGAAGUGCGAAACAUGGAAAGAUGUUUUUGAUGUGU